AUGGUAAUAGUCGCAUUCAUCAGCCAAAAAGGCGGGGUAGGAAAAUCAACCUUAGCCCAAGCACUAGCCAGCGAAGCCAAAAAAAAUAAAUUUAAUGUUUUGUUAGCUGAUUGUGAUAGCCAACAAGCCACUAUAAUAGAUGCACCAGCGAGAACUAGCCAAGGAACUUUGGAAAUAGCCAAUCAUGCUAAUCUAAUAAUUCAGCCAACAGGUGCUAGCCGAGCAGAUUUAGUGCCAGCAGUCAAAGAAUUCCAUGCCCUCAAAGAAGCAGGAAUAGACAAGAAAAAACUUUUAUUUGUUCCCGUGCGUCUCUCUAACCAAACCGAAGCCCAAGUAAUUCAAGAAUACUUAAAAAAAACUGAAAAAGUUAAGAAAUUACGAAGUUUAGAGAUUUUGGGAGAAGCAACCCAAGAAGCUAGCCAAAAUUUACAGGCUCCGGAAACUUCUCCUUAUGACAAAAGAAUUACCGGACGCAUUAAGCCUUUAUCUUUAAAAGCCACUCCUGAUUUUCAUAGAGAAUUAAAAAGAAUGGCAACAGACGAAAACUGUUUAAUGAUUGAAAUAUUGGAGAAAGCAUUAGAAGCCUAUAAAAAAAGCUUGCUUGCUGAAACUAAAAACAACAUUUCCCCAAAAACCCAACCAAAACCAACCCAACCAUUAAAUCGUUUCAUUAAAGUAAACUUCAAUUGUGAUAAAUGUUAUCGAAAGUUUGAAAGAGAUACAGUUUAUUCUCCGGCUCCUAAUUUAGACCAAUUAAAAAACUAUCCUACUUACUGCACUGAUUGUGGAGAGAACGAACCUGAAUUUUGUUCCUUUCACACGGAAACUAACCAAGAACCCUGUCCCCAUUUUGUUUUUGAUAAAAAAAAGCAAUUAUGUCGUUCACAUAAUAAACAGGUUUGGAAAAAAUUCCAUGAAUUCACCAAAGAUAUGUCAGUUAGUAGCACGGCAGCUUGCGGAGGAAAAGAAAUAAUGAAUGAAACACAUCUCUCUUCAAAUCUUUCCGAAGAACUCCAAGAACAAUUAGCCCAACUAAAAACUGAGAACAAAUUUCUCAAAAAUCAGUUAGAAGAAAUUUCCCAAGGAGGUAUUAAAAUAAUAUUCUCGGGAAAAGUUAAUGCCCAAAGAAUAGCCAGAAAAGUAAAACCGAGAACUCUAAGAGAAAUUUCCUCUUUGAGUAUUGGCAAUGAAGAACAAAAAUCAAAAAAUCUCGUCAUCGAAGGUGAUAAUUUGCUCGCGAUGGCUACUUUAUAUCAAUAUCACGGCAAAAUUGACCUAAUUAUUGCCGACCCUCCUUAUAAUACGGGCAAAGACUUUCGUUAUAAUGAUAAAUGA